AUGUCUGAGGGGCGCAGGGCGGGAGGUGGGGAAUUGGGAACCUGCGCACACCAGCCCCCCGGCUCCCCGAAGACUUUGACCUUGGCGCUACGGUUGGGCUUGCAGCGCAUGCGCGAGUCCCGGGAGUUCCCGCGAGAGGGACCGGCCCGGCGGGAUCCUUCCGGCGACGGGACCUCGGGCUCGCUGAGCGGCAUCCGCUGCCACUAG